AUGGACGACUUACACAAGAUGAACUACUUGAUGGAUGCCCUCCAAGGAGAGGCACGGGAGUGCGUGAAGCAGUACGAAGUCUCUCGUCACACUUACCCAGUUGUCAUCGCCUACUUGCAGGAGAAAUACGGUGACCACCAAGCACUUGUCGACGAACUUCUCAAACGACUGCAGAAUACGCGAGCAUCGAGUGAUAGUCUUAAAGACCAGGGCAACCUUUGCGAACGUCUCACAUCUCUCAAGCAGCUGCUCAGAAAAUUCUCGAUAGAUGUGCAAAGGCACAUAUUGCGACAGCAACAACACCAUCCACUGCAUACAAAAUGGGACACCAAUGAUUUGCUGAUAGCUGCUAAGGACUACAUCAGGGACGAGUCGAAGAUCCUCCAUAGUACAGAGACACCUAUAUUCGAACGCCACACCGUUAACGAUGCCGCGAAGCCUAGCCAAGCAGAACGGGGCCGCAGAAACAUGAAGGACAAGAUUCGCGCAGAAUGCUUCUACUGCAACAAAGGAGGACACUCCCCCAAGCAGUGCAAGGAAGUGCCCUCUAGAGAGCAACGGAUCGAAGUUCUAAAAAGGAAGAACCUCUGCUGGAAUUGCGGAGAACAAGGUCACCUUUCACCACAAUGCGCUCGAGGGAACUGCAGACUCUGCGACGAAUUCGGUCAUCAUACGUCUAUCUGCAAGAAGGCAGCGCUCGCUUCAACCAAAACACCCACAGCUACCGUUUCUUCCUCUUCCAAAGUAGCUCCAGUAUCUAAGAAGAGCUCAUCCAAAACCGGUUUAAUCCGGAAAACCACAGCAAAAAUGCACAGUGUCACCUCCGAAUCGAACAACCAGGACGAAUGUGGAUCCAACGUUGUGCUACACGUGAGUAACAACCUCGAACGGUCAGAAAUGCCAAUCCUUGUCGGACAAGCGCAAGUACUCAAUCCGGAAACGCAAACACUGGAGUCUGUUCAAGUUGUGCUCGAUUCAGGAGCAGACCGCUCGUUCAUAAGUGAUAACCUUGCAGACCGACUCCACCUACCAGAGCUCGACAGAACAGUCCUGAAAAUCUGCACUUUUGGCUCAAAAACGCCCAUUACGAAAACGUGCGGCAUUUCUAAGGUGCAAAUUUGGGACCGACAAGGAGUACCGCAUAGCUACUCUGUGACUAGAAUCGAAGUUCUCACAGAACCGAUACAACGAAGCAUGCUCACACCAGACGACAAAAAGUUCCUUUUCGAGAACGAUAUAGCUCUGUCCAUUCGUCCAAACACAACCAACAUAAAGCCGGAUAUACUGCUCGGCUGCAGUGACCUCUUCACAUUGUUGGAGGAUGAGAUCGGACAGCAGCAAACACUUCCUUCGGGAUUGCGAGUAAUCCCCUCCAAACUAGGACAUCUUGUGAUAGGUAGAACAGGAGUUCUGAACGACGAAAGUCCUACCAACGCUGUCACGGUGUCCGACGAAUCCACGCUCCCACAGGUGAGCACCGCAAGGGAUAAAGAAGAGUAUGUUCCAGUCAGUUUGCAGGAUCAUCAGAUGAUCACAGCCUUGGAACAAGAACUUUCUCACGAGGACUUUUCUUGCAGCGACGCCUCACUAGUAAACUCGUCCUCUGAGGACAGUACUUCAAUGUGGGAACAGUUUUUCGCCUUUGAAACAUCAGGAGUUAGCGAAUUCUUGGGACCUACGGAACAUGAACUUGUCAAAUUCUUCCCAAUGCCGGACAAAAUAGAGGAGUCAAACAGCAAGAACUGCGUCGUGAACCUAUCCACCUCUGCGAUAGCUUCCGUGUCAGACUUACUGGACUGGAAAAGGCAUAGCAGUUGGCAGUCAUGUCAGACCACAAUGGCUUAUGCCCUGCGCUUCAUCAAAGCUAUAGUGUCUCGAGUUGAUGCGGAUCUUCGCUCACGUAUCGCUAAUCAUGCUCCCGAUAUAAUGAAGAUGUCAGGAGAACCUUACGUGACGGCAGCGGAACGAAAGAUCGCACAGCGAAUUCUCCUUCGCAACCAUCAACAAGUGCAUCUUCCAGAAUCACGACAACAAGUUCUGAAACAGCUCAAACUCCAGCGCGAUAACGACGGCAUCAUACGCACACCCGAGAGUGCCAAGAAAGAGGAAUCCACUCCAGUUGACAGUCGACACAUAAGCCAUGAUCGAGGACAAGAGGCAGACACUCUUGCUGGAAGCAAGCAGAACCCGCGAUACAACCUCCGGUCAGCAGCUAAAGGAAGGCGAUCAUACCAACAGCCCAUCUCGACAUCCAAUCUUAUUCUCACAUUGACGCUAGCACUUGCCCUUGCAGGGACUGUAAAUGCAGAAUUCAAUUCCACCAUCACUAAUGUUGCGGAAAUUCGAUGUGUACCGGGAGGAGUUCGACUGAACUCUGAUGGAAUACGACGAUAUGAGUUGUGCUCAGAACAAGAUUGCUUCGUCAAUGAGCACCCAACACCUCACGAAGAAAUCAUGUUUGCACCAGAAGUCACCUUACAUGAACACCAGGUGCAAUGGAAAGUGUACGAUGGGAGCAAAGUUACUGUUCUGAACGCCAUAUGCCCAGCCGCUAAUUUCUGUGAAAAUAUCCGCUGUUGGAUAUGCACGGCAAAUAUUUUCAAUCCAGAAUGCUCUCCACGAUCAGCCAUCGCGGCUAUAGCAGUUUUCAUAUAUCUGACGACAGCAGUCCUUUAUGUGUUCUGCUAUGUCCCCAUUGUGGUUGGAAAACCAUUCCGCAUUCUCAGUUGGGGAACACUCAAGUGUAUGGCUCACACGGUACGACUGGCAAGAACUAUAUGGAGAGGAUGCGUGCGAAUAGCCUUUCGAAGGCGGCUGUUCCAUCGACGUCAACAAGACGUGGAGGCAUUCCUGAGAGCUCCUUUGAUCACGCUGACUAUCCUGGCAAUAAUGGCAUCAGCCGUUUACCCAUGCCAAGAAGUCGAUAUUUUCAGUCAACCGAGCACAAUCUGCCACGUUUCUCCUCAAGGACAGAAAACAUGCCUGACCGAAGCGACAGAAAUUCUUAAAAUGAACAGUUUCCAUCAAGAGGCAUGCCUUCGUCUUCUCUAUAACCAAACACUGGUAAGAGAUGUUCGUAUCAGGUGGAAAGGAUUGCGCCUAACAUGUGCGAAGGAAACUCUCGUCUUCACAAGAGACUCGGAACAACGAGUCAUGGACUCAAAACGAUGCGAAACCAUGGGAUCCUGUAAGGAACGAGCCAUGCGAAUCACCCUAACGACAUUAACUGUCCCGCCAACACCAUUGUUGUCUUCUACCUUUAUAUCUGACAGCACUAACUUCGCUCUGUGGAAGAUGAACAACAAGCCAACUCUGCAGUGUGAAUCGCACGAAGCAGCACAAUCACUCAACUGCUCAGUUCUUCCAGAUUGCGAUUGCCAGCCAGCUGAGAACAAAGUCAACUGUUUGUGCAAGAGCUUGGACAUUGCAGACCAUUUCGAGAAUCGACUGGAAAAUCGGUUCCCGAUCCGUCGUCCAUGGAUCACACUCACUCAUACGGUCUCGCACCCCAAAACGGUUGAAGCAACUAUUCCUAUGUUCACGACUGCAGAGGUACUGAUCCACUUCAAAGACAAGUACGACACGACGGUCACGGACGCUACAGACGCAAUUUGUUCUGUGAAAAAUUCGAUUGCGAAGGGAUGCUAUAAGUGUCCGCAAGGUGCAGUAGCCCCAAUUUCCUGCACUACAAAUGGUGCAUCAACACUGGCUACAGUUCGAUGCGAAGACGAAAUUUUCACAGUACCCUGUAAACAAGAAGGCGCUCCCUCAGUGUUGCAGUUCAACCAUGACUCAGCCCGCAUACAUAAAAAAUGCGUAAUAUCAUGCGGAUCGAUACAAAAUACCUUUGAAAUAACAGGUAUACUACAAUGGGUGAGGACGAUUCACAGCUCUGCAUUGAAAGUGCUCGCAGGAGAAAGCAAUGUCUACGACGAGAUAGUCUUUCCAGACAUCAACCACAUACUGGACGUCGUAUGGCAGUGGUACAAGACCCUCGCCCUUGCCGGAGGAUUAUUACUGCUCGCAAUAAUUUUCGGAUACCUCUGCUUCUGGUCUUGCGGCGUGAAAAUUGUGCUUGCACUAAUCUGUGCCUGUACCAGAGCUAUCAGAUUCAUCGCGCAUAUUUUCAUCCAAGGUGACAAUAUGGAGCAUGGUUUGCCUGAAGAAACGGUCACCAGCCUUUUCUGCUGGAAAAGUCAAAUUCAAAUUCAAAUUGAAGCUUCACCGUACAAUCACCUCGACGACAAUCUCGACUCCGCCUGGGACAACACACAGUGCUCUGUGUAUAAGCGCGACAGAAAGCAGCUCUUCUCUGUUUGA